CUCACUCUGAUGCUGCUGUGGCUGCAUUCACGCUAUCUGUGUCACUACAACUACUCGCCGCUCUGGACUAAAUCUGACGAUGUUUGUAAGAAAACAACCUGAAAAUCAGAAGUGCAGUGUUAUCAAAUGUUCAUCAUGAUCACACUUAGGCUUACAGACCACCUACAGUACAACCAUAAUGCAGCAUCCACACGAUAUCAAUCUCGGCUACCAGGCUAAGCUGCUUAUGAAAGGACCUUCAGAGAACUGUACAACCAAACCCCCUCUAUUUGUCCCUCCACAUCCCCUGGAAGAUAACCUGUUCCUCUUUCCAGCUCUAUCUGUGUCCUACCCUUAAUCCCACCUUGGACUUGAAUGAAAACUCAGGGAAGUGUUACGGGCAAUGGCAGUCUUAAGAGUUAAGUUUACCAAGACCAAAAGAGACAAGCUGGCCCAGGUGCUCUGGAUCCUAAACUGGAUCUCGGUAGUUACGGGGGCCAUCCUGUUCAGCCUAGGCCUCUUCCUCAAGGUGGAGCUCCAUAAACAAGGAGAGGUGAUGGCUGAGAGGGACAUCCAGUAUGUUCCCAACACGCUUAUAGCUGUGGGUCUCAUCGCUUGUGCCAUAAACUUCCUGGGUGGGAAAAUCUGCUACGACUGUGUGGACACCACCAAGUUUUUGCGCUGGAAGUUGAUCAUGCUGCCCUACAUCAUAUGCACCUUCUUCUUCACCUUUUGUGUGCUGGUAGGGGCUCUGAUGUGUUACUGCAUGCACUGGGAACUGGAAGAGUCUCUGAACCUGGGACUGACAGAGGCCAUGAGGUUUUAUAAGGACACAGACACACCAGGACGCUGCUUCCUAAAGCGCACCGUGGACAUGCUGCAGAUGCAGUUUCAGUGCUGUGGAAACAACGGUUAUAAGGACUGGUUUCAAAUUCAGUGGAUAAGCAACCGUUACCUGGAUAUGUCCCAAAAAGAGGUGGUGGACCGAAUCAGGAGUAACGUGGAUGGAAAGUUCCUACUGAAUGGAGUCCCAUUCAGCUGCUGCAACAUCAACUCCCCCCGGCCCUGCAUCCAGCAGCAGAUCACCAACAACUCUGCACACUUCAACUACGAGCACCAGACGGAGGAGCUAAACCUUUGGAUGAAAGGGUGUCGACAGGCGCUGCUGGAGUACUACAUACACAUUAUGCAGUCCAUCGGCCUCACAGUCCUCAUCACCUGGUUAUUUGAGCUAUCAGUGUUGACCGGGGUUCGUUACCUCCAGACUUCUCUGGAAAAUGUCCUGAGACAGGGAGACCCCAACUCCGAAUCAGAUGGCUGGCUGCUGGAAAACAGCUUCAUGGAAACUGCCCGCAUGAACCUGAAUAUCAUCAAGAGCCUUGGCAAGGGUAACCAGAUAGACACAGCCACUAAUGGAGACCCCAACAUUAACGUCCCCUCCACCUCAAAAGCACACUAUGGUCCUGACAAUGUUCCACCAAAGCAAAUAACUGAAGACAGUUGAACUUUUUCACUCAAAAGACUUCAAUGGAUGACAUUCCUGAAGCCCACAAAGGGCCUUGAAACGUAUACACAUUACAUUGGUGAAUUCUUAUCUCUGUACCUGUGGCGAUGGAAUGGGAAUUUUGUUUGUGGAAAAUAUAUAUGAACCCUAAAUGAUAGAAUUUUAAUAUCAACACCAUAAUUUAAGUCAAGUCAAUUUGUGUUUCGAUGAUCAUAUGAUGGUCAUAUAAAAAAAUUGAUAGAGGCCUGGUGACAUAAUUUCCACCCAAAUCAAUCCAUUCACUGAGCCCUCAUAUAAUGUGGACUGAGCCAAAACCAUCCUCAUAACUUUUCUGAAGGGUUCACAGGACCCACACCAUGCUAACCAAAUGUUCUCCUCAGUAUAACAAAGCCACCACAUUUCCUCACUUUAAAUUCCUUUAAUUUGUCACCAGUCUGCAUACAUUUCUAUUAUUUUUC